AUGGCACCAGGUGAAGCAGAUACGGGGAUUUUACUAAAAAGACUCUAUAGCAAAAAAAUGGAGGACCCACGUUGGGUAAUUUCAAUGAAGCUUGAUCCGGAUACUUCUUCUUUAACUCAUCUUUUUUGGAUGAGUCCUGAACAACACAUUUUAUGGUUGCGCUACCAUGACGUAAUAAUGCAUGAUAACACUUGCAAAACCAAUCGCUAUGAUCGUCCUUUGUCCCUCUUUGUCACCCCCGAUAACAAUUUGAAAACGCGAAUU